AUGAAGAUACAAGUAGAAGCCACGGACCUCCGAGAUGAUAAGCAAUACACCGCAAUCGUCGAGGCCUGGGAAACCUUAGACACCGUUCGGGCUAUUCUAGCUGAGAAGAUUCCUAAUGCCCCGCCUAAACAUCAAUUUUUUUAUGUUCGCGAGGAGUUUGUAAAUUCGUCGAUACCCGCAGACCAACUGCGAAAAAAAUCAAGAGCAGCAGGCAUGUUAGACGAUGUAGAAGAAAAAGAAGGAGAGCCUAAGCUCGCUCGCUGUUUUGUUUAUGUUAAUCCAACGCCUUUAGAUUUCAGCGAUAUGUUGAAUGAUGGUGAGGCAAUAUAA